AUGCGUGCCACCUCGCGCGAGAGGAGGGCCCUACAGCAAACUUUCGACCAAGGUGUACGACCAGGAGGAUACAAGGACAGUGGCUUAGGAUUAGCCUCGUUUUGUGCUGAGGGCUAUCUGGAGAUCGACGUAGACGACGAGCCCACAUCCUCGCACCAAAGUACUGUUGUGAACAGACAACUGAUAGAUGAGGUCAAGAUGGGCGACGAACUAUCAAGAACACAGCCAUGCAGAGCUGUUGUGCACAGUGAACAGCGCACACAUAGCCAGGUGCGGCCACCAAGUCCGCGUAUUGAAGAUAACCGAAACAACCCUAUUGCGGAUAGGAACCUGGAGGUUGUGUCACAUACAGAGAUCAAAUGGAGGCCGAAAGGAAUAAGAAAGUUGGUGAAACUUGGUGAAGUCGGAGGAAAUUACGGAAUAGUCAGUACAAGGUUCAUGUUGAAAGGUUACACCUUCGUGCUAGAGGUUACUGCCGAGGACGGGGAUGGAAAGCCGCAUCUGGCAGUUACGCUACGCCUGUGCCGCGGUCGCAAUGACGAUAACCUGGAAUGGCCAUUCAGUACGCCGUACACGAUAACCCUCUGCCACCCUCAUGAUGAAGACUAUACCAUCCCGGUAUCUGCUGUAUUCGGCACCCAUACCCGUGCUUCCUAUGUGAGACCACAGGAUGACAGUAAUCCUGGUGUUUCUUUCUCCCUCAUACCGCUUGAAUCAUUUCAACAGCGCCACUAUGUAAUCGACGAUGCCCUUUGGUUGUCAUUGAGCUUGCACGCUUCAGUUCAAUAAUACACUAUACGCUAAUGCGUCAAAAACCCUCUAUAUGAUAUGCUGAGUACGACGCUUUUAUUGUAAUAUUUUCCAAUGUCGGAGAACGCACGUGUGGUCUGUGCUACACCAGUGUUGUAGACAUAUAGAAACACAUAAACAGAACACAUUUGGGUAAUCCACAAUGACGGUACAUGGGCAACCGAUGUAAAGGCAGGCAGUAGGGUUCGGAAUCCCGAGCCGUUUCACAUUCCCGGGAUUUCGAAAUUUCGAAACGUGGAUCCCGGAAUCCCGGGACGGGAUCGGGAUUUUUUUCGAAACUAUACCCAGGAUGCCGUAUAUGACCGCAUCCACUUGCACUUGAUAUUCGUAUCCACUUGAUAUAGUUCACGUCUCCUGUCAUCCCCACGGUACAUUCGAAAAGAAAAAAGCGCAAAAAAAAC